UUGGACCUUAGGUGAGAUUUUAUUGUGAUAGUCACAGCGAGUCAAGUUUUUGGUGCCGUUGCAGGGCACUUGGGUCCGUUAUCGUGAAAAGUUUGUUUGGUGUUAAUCUAGCUUUUGUUUUUGUUAAGUUGUGAAGUGUUUGCUUGUGCUAGACGUGUUGUGCUCUUUGAGUGUGUGUAGGGAGGUGCAUGACCCGGAGCAAUCCGACGCCUUUGACUCCACUGGACGAGGACAUCAACCAGACCCUCCGACUUCUAGCUCGAGAGAGGGAGCAAGCGGAGGCAAGAAGGAGAAGUGAAGAAAGGGGACAACAAGUUGAUCACGGAAUUGAAGUAGUUAAAGAAGAAGUUGAAGUUGAGAUGGCGGGCAAUCAAAACCGAGGGGCUAAUCCGCUUCCAAACCCAAAUGGAGAAGCGGGAGCCGAGAAAGGGCUAAGGAAUAUGCGCUAUUACAUGGCUCCACGGGCGGAGGAUAUCCUAUAUCCCAUCUUACAUCCACCCGUGGCCGCCAACAACUUUGAGAUCAAGCCCUCUCUCGUGACGAUGAUUCAACAAAAUGCCUACUUCCACGGACUUACUCAUGAAUCACCACGAGAGCACGUCCAAAGGUUUCUUGAACUAGCAGGAAGCUUAAAGAUAAAUGGCAUCCCCGAGGAGGCAUUGCUAUUGAAGCUCUUCCCAUAUUCUUUGACGGGGAAGGCACUCCGAUGGCUCAACAACCGUCCGUUAUUUUCCACUCAACUGGGUUAGUGUGUACAUAGUGUUAUCUUCAAGAUCUGACUACUAGUGGGCUUAAUCAUCUAUCGCACUCACUUUUACAUUAUUGGCAACUUUAAGAAGUUUAUGGUCUAUUUUAUGUGUUUUUUUCGUUUGGUUUAUCGUGCUUUUGGUCUGGUUUGAACUUUCUAGUCUACUUCAUGAUAUUUGCGAUCAGAUUUAUGAGUUUUGUGGUGCGGUGAGCUUCUGGUAUGUUUUAUGAAUUUUUUGGUGUACAUUAUUAGUUUUGUGGUGUCAUGUGGGGUUUGUCAUAUUUAUGGUCUAGUCUGGGUUUUUUAUUCUGCUUCAUAAUAUUUGUAGUCAGUUUUGUGAGUUUUCUGGUCCGCUUCAAAACAUUGUAGUCAACUUUCAAUUUUCUGGUAUUCAUUAUUUGUUUUGUGGUGUGGUGAGCUUCUGGUAUGCAAUAGACAACCAACCUACCCUUUGGAGUAUAAAGGUUGUCAUUUGUU